UCGGUAUCUCAGGACUCUGUUCGCCAAUGAUGAUGGAUAAAACCUUCAUGGAAACCAGGGGCUACACAUUUAAGGCCACACUUGGAGAAGGAACAUUUGGCAAAGUUGUGAAAGCAGAGUCAAUUCAUCUGAAGAAACUAGUAGCUAUAAAGAUCAUUGGCACUGACAAAAGUAGUUCUGUCAAAAGAGAAAGGUUUUUGUCUCAGGAAAAAGAAAUUAUUAGAUCUUUAAAGCAUCCCAACAUCGUCAAAACGUUUGAAGUGUUUGAAUCCCGCUCGAAAACGGUCUAUGUGGUGAUGGAGCUUUGUCCACAAGGAGAUGUCUCAAAGCUUAUUGCUGCCAGAGGGGCUCUAAAUGAAUGUUUCAGCUGUAGACUUUUCAAGCAGCUGUGCCUGGCAAUUCAGUACCUUCAUGGCAUCAGUGUUGCCCACAGGGAUAUUAAAUGUCAAAACCUUCUACUGGACAUGCACUAUAACCUCAAACUGUGUGACUUCGGCUUCAGUGAGAGGCUCACUUGCAUCGAUGGCAACUUGGUGCUGAGUGAUACUCACUGUGGCACUUUACACUAUGCAGCACCAGAGGUCCUGAAGAAUCUCCCAUACAAUUCCAAGGUGUCUGAUGUGUGGAGUAUGGGCAUUGUGCUGUAUAUGAUGCUCUGUGGGUCACUUCCUUUCGGCACCACUAACAAAAAGAAAUUAGUGCACCUUCAAGUGAAGCAUAGCAUUAACUUCCCAACUGCUUCAUCUGUUUCAACUGAAGCAAGAGAGCUGAUCCACAGCAUACUACACCCUGUUGUGGAGCACCGGAUCACGGUCAGCAGCAUGUUAGAGAGCCCAUGGCUAUUAAGGGGGACAGUGGAAGACAGUAAUGAGGCCUGGGCAACAACAGCAAGCUUUAGUCAGAGAGCACUUCCACACAAAAAGCUCAAAGAGGACAAGUAAAGAGCAAAAAGCUGUUCAGAUGUACAGCAAGGACUGUCCAACACUGUCCCAUGACAGGCACCAUAGUCUGACAA